CCAUAGAUUCUCUCUCUCUCUCUCACUCUCUCUCUAUUUAUAUAAGCUUAAGUCUCCCAUUUUCAACUUCAUUUUAUAGCUCAUCUUCUCUUCACUCUACCUACUAAUUACAUACCCAAUGAAAACAAACAUGGUUAUGGCCUCUCAAACCCCAAUUCGAGCUGAAAAAAUCAGACAAAUAUUUGAGCCUCCAAUUAUAGACCUAUCAAACGAGAGAGCAGAGGUGUCAAAGCUCAUAGUUAAAGCUUGUGAAGAGUAUGGUUUCUUUAAGGUGAUGAACCAUGGUGUCCCGGAGGAUGUUAUUAGAAGAAUGGAAGAAGAGAGCUUCGAGUUCUUCGCCAAACCGGCCUCCGAAAAACAGCUGGCCGGCCCCCCGUUUGGCUAUGGUAGCAAGAACAUAGGCUUCAAUGGAGAUGUUGGUGAAGUUGAAUAUCUUCUUCUUUACACCAACCCUCCCUCCAUUUCUCAGAAAUACAUCACCAUCUCCAAUGACCCAACAAAAAUCAGCUUUGCAGUGUGUGGUUACAUAGAAGCAGUUAGAGGUUUGGCAUGUGAGAUUUUGGAUCUGAUGGCAGAGGGUUUGCGGGUCCCAGACACAUCAGUGUUCAGCAGGUUAAUCAGGGACGUUGAUAGCGACUCAAUCCUCAGGCUCAAUCACUAUCCUCCUCUCCACCUCACAGCUGACAGCUGCUUCAAAGACAAUGACACGUCACCCUCCUAUUUGCAUCCACUUCAUCAUCAAAAUCCACCUCAUCACCACCAGAACACCACCACCAAUAACAGUACCAACAAGAUUGGGUUUGGAGUGGUUUCCGAAAAAAAAAAGAUUGGGUUUGGAGAGCACUCUGACCCUCAGAUCUUGACCAUCUUGAGAUCCAACGAUGUGGGUGGCCUCCAGAUCUCAGUGGAGGGUGGCGUGUGGGUCCCAAUCUCUCCUGACCCAGCUGCAUUCUGUGUUAAUGUGGGUGACGUGUUACAGGCUAUGACAAACGGAAGGUUUGUGAGCGUAAAACAUAAAGUCUUGUCGAAUAUUUCAGACAAGUCUAGAAUGUCCAUGGUCUAUUUUUGUGGGCCACCACUCAAUGCAAAAAUCGCUCCGCUACCGGAGUUGGUCACGGCCGCCACACCCUCUCUCUACCGGCCUUUUACAUGGGCUGAAUUCAAGGAAGUCAUCAAUUCUCUACGCCUUGCAGAUAGCCGUUUCAAGCUCUUCAAAAUUCAGACUGAAGAUGAAUUUGAUGGAUAAGUUGGAAAUUAUAGUGCUCGAACGACGAAGGUUAAUGUUUUUUUUUUAUCAAACUCACUAGGGAAAUUUGCUUGUAAUUUUUCCCACCGUUUUUGCUUACUAGUUAGAACAAAGUGCAGUUUUUGUUGGGUAAAAAUAAGGGAAAAUGGUUUCUUCUAGCGUAUUUUAAUCAUCAAUGGAAAGUCUUUUCUUUCUUGA